UGGGUGGCCGAAGGGGAUGUCCUGUUUUCACCAGAGGCACAGCGCGAAGGGGAAACUCCGACACUGGAAAGAACGAGAGUAAAUACCUAAAUACAGACGCACGGAUCCGCGGCUGGGACAGACACUUGAACUUCGGAUCCCGAGGCGGUCCGGGCUGCGGGAGAUAGUCCAGUUUUAACUGAAGGACGCUGCUUCUGUUUGGGGGUGGCCGGAGACGUGAGAAAACCACAUGGAAGAAUCCCAGGACUUAAAUGAGCAAUCAGUAAAGAAAACGUGCACAGAAUCAGAUGCUUCAGAACCUCAGAAUUCCAGGUCUAUGGAAAUGCAGGACCUAGCAAGUCCUCAUCCUCUUGUCGGAAGUGGUGAUACUCCUGGUAGCUCCAAACUGGAGAAGGCUAAUCUCAGCAGCACAUCGGUCACCACAAAUGGGACAGGAGAUGCACAAAAUGCAUUCUUCAUGGAUUUGCCUACCAUGGGUAGCGUAGAGAGUUAUGUACUUCAGAAGCGUGGAAUCAAUGAAAGUAGCAAUCAAAGAGGAACAGAUCCCCCCAUGGCUGUAACUCUUGGACUCCGAAUGGAGGAAAUGAUUUUUAAUCUCGCUGAUACACAUUUAUUUUUUAAUGAUUUAGAGGAGUGUGAUCAAGUUCACAUAGAUGAUGUUUCCUCUGAUGAUAAUGGGCAAGACUUAAGUACCUACAGUUUUGCAACUGAUGGCUUCCAUGCAGCUGCAAGUAGUGCAAACCUUUGUUUGCCAACAGGUGUAAGAGGAGGGGUUGACUGGAUGAGGAAGUUGGCUUUUCGUUACAGAAGAGUAAAAGAAUUAUACAACACCUACAAGAACAAUGUUGGAGGACUCCUUGGCCCUGCCAAGAGAGACGCAUGGUUGCAGUUGAGGGCAGAGAUUGAAGGUCUGACAGACUCCUGGCUAACAAAUGCACUUAAAUCAUUAUCGAUUAUUAGUACUAGGAGUAACUGCGUAAAUGUCUUGGUAACGACAACCCAACUGAUCCCAGCUCUCGCGAAGGUUCUACUCUAUAGUUUAGGAGGUGCUUUCCCCAUUGAGAAUAUUUACAGUGCAACUAAAAUAGGGAAAGAAAGUUGCUUUGAACGAAUAAUGCAAAGGUUUGGCAGAAAAGUAGUAUAUGUUGUAAUUGGGGAUGGUGUAGAAGAAGAACAGGCAGCAAAAAAGCACAACAUGCCCUUUUGGAGGAUUUCAAGUCAUUCAGACCUCUUGGCUCUACAUCAAGCACUGGAAUUAGAGUAUUUGUAACUGUGUUCUCUAGCUGGAGAUCCAUUUUUUUUUUAUAUAUAUAUUUCAAGUACACUGAAUUUUUAUGUGUGAUUCAAUGCCUCUGGCUUUUACACAUAUAAAUUGUCUUAAAGGAUGAAAUCAUAUUUGGAAUGACAGUUCCAGAAUGAAGAAUUCAGAUUGCUGAAUGGAAGUUAAACUUUAGUGCUACAGAAAGGAAGCUCUAUGGUCUUAUAUUUACAACACUUUAAUGUUUAAAAAAAAAAAAAUCUGUGGAGGUUGCUGGUACACACCGAACAAGUCCUAACUGGAAUUAACAGCUUUAGCAAAGAACUCUUACCCUGGCAAAGUACCAACACGUGCUCCGUCCGACAAGGUGGUGCUCAACAACAUUCCUCAAAAUGGGAGAUCUUCUCAGCCCUGAGGUUUGAAUCUGACUUUAGCCUACCUAGCCCAGAAAAUCUGAAUUGGAAUGCACUCAGACUGUAUAAGGACAAUCCUAUCUAGACCUGUAAUUUGUGUAAAUUAUUGAUGAAAAUAAUUUACUGUGACUUUAUUAGCAGCUGACUUUGAAAGUGGAUGCAAUUUUUCUUUCAUUUG